GCUGCCCCCAGCCCCGGCCCCAGGCGUCCCGGCCAUGGCCCGCCCGAUGCUCUUGCUCAGCCUCGGCCUCCUGGCCGGCCUGCUGCCGGCGCUGGCCGCCUGCCCCCAGAACUGCCACUGCCACGGUGACCUGCAGCACGUCAUCUGCGACAAGGUGGGGCUGCAGAAGAUCCCCAAGGUGUCAGAGAAGACCAAGCUGCUCAACCUACAGCGCAACACCUUCCCAGUGCUGGCUGCCAACUCGUUUCGGGCCAUGCCUAACCUCGUGUCGCUGCACCUGCAGCACUGCCAGAUCCGCGAGGUGGCCGCUGGCGCCUUCCGCGGCCUCAAGCAGCUCAUCUACCUGUACCUGUCCCACAACGACAUCCGCGUGCUGCGCGCGGGGGCCUUCGACGACCUGAGCGAGCUCACCUACCUCUACCUGGACCACAACAAGGUGACUGAGCUGCCCCGGGGGCUGCUCUCCCCGCUGGUCAACCUCUUCAUCCUGCAGCUCAACAACAACAAGAUCCGAGAGCUGCGCUCGGGCGCCUUCCAGGGUGCCAAGGACCUGCGCUGGCUCUACCUGUCGGAGAACUCACUCAGUUCCCUGCAGCCCGGCGCUCUGGACGACGUGGAGAACCUCGCCAAGUUCUACCUGGACAGGAACCAGCUGUCCAGCUACCCCUCAGCUGCUCUGAGCAAGCUGCGGGUGGUGGAGGAGCUGAAGCUGUCCCACAAUCCCCUGAAAAGCAUUCCCGACGGUGCCUUCCAGUCUUUCGGCAGAUACCUGGAGACCCUCUGGCUGGACAACACCAACCUGGAGAAGUUCUCUGAUGGUGCCUUCCUGGGUGUGACCACGCUGAAACAUGUCCAUCUGGAGAACAACCGCCUGAACCAGCUGCCCUCCAACUUCCCCUUUGACAGCCUGGAGACCCUCACCCUCACCAACAACCCCUGGAAGUGCACCUGCCAGCUCCGGGGCCUUCGGAGGUGGCUGGAAGCCAAGACCUCCCGCCCUGAUGCCACUUGCGCGUCACCCGCCAAGUUCAGGGGCCAGCACAUCCGUGACACGGACGCCUUCCGCGGCUGCAAGUUCCCCACUAAGAGGUCCAAGAAAGCCGGCCGCCAUUAAACAGGUCUUGACCCAGCCAGUCCUGGUGACUGGUCUCUGCCUUCUGCCGGAGAAACUACUGAUCCUCCCGCCUCUGACCCCCACCUUCUCCCCGCAACCUUUGCUGAUGCACAGAGCUGUCCACACUUAGACGUGUCCUGGCAAGGGACUCGGGCCCUGCAGCACGAACCCAGCUCCACCUGACAGUGAGAGCUCCAUCCUGCCUGGCCCUGUGGCCAUGGCUCCUCUCAGAGAAGCUGUUGCUGAGACCCCCAAGUCCUUUAGAACCAGAACAGGGUGGCCAUCAGGAUGGCCACCCUUCCAGAAUCCUCCUCUCUGCUCCCCUUUCCCUGCCAUUUGGAAACAGACAUCAGAUCCUUGCCCCACCCCUUGCUUCCAGGAAGGGUCUUAAGCCCCUACCCACACCUCUGCCAGCCCCUGCCUGCCAGGACACUCUAGCAGGACACUGGUGCUUUGCCACACAUCCUCCCAUGCUGCAUUUCUUCCCCAGAUUUCUAUAAAUAUACGUUUAUGUGUGUAUAAUA